UGCACGGCACACCGAAUCGGUUGAGUGUUGAGACUCGUGAAAUUCUGCUUAUUAUUUUUAACUUAAUAACUGAACGUUUACCCAAAUACAUAAUGAUUCUCUACAAAAUUUCAGUGUUAUCAAUAAUGUGGAUUCUUCUCAUAAUUCAAGUAACAGAAGGUUCUAAAGCAGAGUUUGUUACGUGCGGCACCAUACUAAAAAUAAUGAAUGUGGAUUUGCGUCUGAGGUUGCAUUCGCACGAUGUGAAGUACGGCUCGGGUUCCGGGCAGCAGUCCGUCACCGCUGUCGACGCCGCGGACGACUACAACAGUCACUGGCUGGUUCGCGCUUCCAUGGGCGACACAUGUAAAAGAGGAGAGCCUAUUAAGUGCAACUCCAACAUCCGUCUCCAUCAUGUAUCCUCUAAGAAGAAUCUCCACUCACACUAUUUCUCAUCUCCAUUGUCUGGCAACCAAGAGGUGUCUUGCUAUGGUGAUGAUGGCGGUGAAGGAGACAGCGGCGAUCACUGGACUGUGGUCUGCAACAAUGACUACUGGAGAAGGGAUUCCCCAAUUAAGUUGAGACAUGUUGACACUGCUGCGUUUUUGGCUGGUUCAGGACGCACAUUUGGUCGGCCUAUCAGUGGACAGGGUGAGAUAGUGGGUGUCACUUCACAGUAUGGGGCUUACACUGACUGGCAGGCUAAAGAGGGCUUGUUUGUUCAUCCUAGUGACCCACUACCCAUGCAGCAUGCAAUCCACACAGAAUUAUAAUGUCAAGCCCAAUCU